CAGGUCGCUCGACCUCAGUUAAAAUGGCGACCGUAGUAGCUUCACUAACGUGUAAUCCGUACCAGGGAGGCUUCCGGCGUCCGGCCGCAGAGCGAGACGGGAAACUAUUUUAAACUGAGGCGGCGGCUGAGCCCUGGGGUGCCGCUUCUCAAAGGCGGGAUUUCCGAGCUAGCUGGGCCUCUGAAGGGCUCAAGUGGAGAGGGGUUGAGUUGGGACCCGCUGCCCCUUAUUCUUUCUCUUCUCUGGCAGAAGCCGACUCCGCAGGAGCGAGGGUCGCAGAGCUGGUGGGUGGAUCAGCGGAAAUGCCCCUCCUGGGGUGAAGUCGCCGGACGUCUGAGGAAACAGUUUGUGUCCCUGGUGAACCCCGUUAUUGUGGAGCGAGAGGGAAUUUGAAGGGGCCAAGGAUUCCUUCCGAACUCUCUCUUAGCUGCCGUUUUGGCGAUUUUUUUUUUUUUUUAAACUUCAGGGGGUUUUAGUUUCUACCUAGUUUUGGAACCAGACUUGAAGAAUGAUUCGUGAAGCCAGAAUGGGUGACAGAGUCAUCACGGCAUCUUAUUGAUCAUGGAUUCUUAUGAUACACCAGGAUCGACUCCUAGGCACAGUGCGUCCUCAAGGCUUAAAGAUUACUUUAUAGGUGCCACCCCUUUGCAGAAACGAUUAGAAUCAGUCAGGAAGCAGACUUCAUUUAUCCCAACGCCACCUCGAAGGAAAAUUCCUCAGUGUUCACAAUUACAGGAAGAUAAUGAUCCUCAAAAAGUUGCGUUCCUUCUGCAUAAACAAUGGACUUUAUAUAGUUUAACUCCCCUGUAUAAAUUCUCCUAUACUAAUCUCAAAGAGUAUUCUAGACUUCUGAGUGCAUUUAUUGCUGCUGAGAAGCAAAAAGGGCUUGCUGUGGAAGUGGGAGAAGACUUCAACAUCAAAGUGACUUUCUCCACUCUCCUAGGAAUGAAAGGAACACAAAGAGACUCUGAAGCCUUUCUCGUCCAGAUUCUGUCAAGAUCUCAAUUGCCAUCUGAGAACAGAGAACUUAAAGUGUUGUGGACUGGUUGGUUCUGCUGUAUAUUUGGAGACAGUCUUCUGGAGACUGUUUCAGAAGAUUUCACCUGUGUACCCUUAUUCCUUGCAAAUGGAGCAGAGACAAAUACAGCCAUAGUAGGAACAUGGUUUCAGAAAACUUUCGAUUGUUAUUUCAGUCCCUUAGCAAUCAAUGCUUUUAAUCUUUCCUGGAUGGCUGCUAUGUGGACUGCAUGCAAAAUGGACCAGUAUAUGGCUGCUACCGAAUUUCUUUGGUCUGUACCCUGUAGCCCUCAAAGUCUGGACAUUUCUUAUGCCAUACAUCCAGAGGAUGCAAAAGCUUUGUGGGACAGUGUCCACAAAACCCCUGGGGAAGUUACUCAGGAAGAGGUUGACUUAUUUAUGGACUGCCUUUAUUCACAUUUCCAUAGGCAUUUCAAAAUUCAUUUAUCAGCCACAAGAUUGGUCCGUGUUUCUACAUCUGUAGCUUCAGCACAUACUGAUGGAAAAAUAAAGAUUCUGUGUCAUAAAUACCUUAUUGGAGUCUUGGCAUAUUUGACAGAACUGGCAAUUUUUCAAAUUGAUUGAAGUCUUGUGGGGACUAUAAAUGAUGGAUUAUAUGCUUUUUUUCUCACUGAUUAUUUGCCUAAUUGCUAUUCUGAGAGGCCCCGCAGGAGAAAUAAGCAUCUGUCUCUGCAUCUGUUUUCCUCUCAGUGCCUUUGGAAUUGCCCAGAUGGAAUGGAAUUCAAGAAGGAUCUAGAAGAAAAAAGAAGGUGAUAGUGAAUGAAUCACAGCCAGGUGCUCCAUAAUAGUCACGAUGAUCUGGGAUGCCAGUGUCUAGAAAAUGCUGAGUUGUUAUUUUCUUGGACCAUCUUUCUAAAAAAUAUGUAAUGUUUAUUACAUCAAAUUUUUAGGAUUCAAAUGAGGUAUCUCUAAUAUUAUUUCUGAUUUGGAUCUUUAAAACCGUCAGUUCCUUUUAAGCAUUUUAGAGUUGGAUCCAGAAAGAAUUUCUGUCUUCUAAAGACAUUUUCCUAGUAUCAUUUCACUGUAGAGAGCUGGCAAUUAAAAUCUCCAAAGGAACCUGGAGAUUAACAUACACUUUUUAAAGCCACUAAUAUGCUUCUGUUUUUAAUACUGUUCAAUUCUUAUUGCAAUGUUGAAUUAAAUAUUUUUAAAAUGAAGCAGUGUGUUUAUCAGUGUCUUGGUGACAGAUCUUUAAUGUAUCAAGAGCGAGAAUUGUAGUCUUUUUCUCUAGCACAAAUGUUAUAAGCCAACAAUUAUAUAGAAUCAGAGGCAACUGUGAGUCUCUUGCGGGCAGAGAUUAUCUUAACUUUCAUGCCCCUAAUCUUGCUUUAGCACAGUACUUAGUAAAUAUCUGCAGGUUAAGUGAACGCAUUUUAACCAGCUCUUCCAUUUUAUAGAUGCAAACUAUGAGUUCGAGCAACCUGGGAGACUUGCCCAACUUGCUAUAUCGAGGUCUCUAAAUUUUAAUUUAUUGAGCAUAGGAAGAUUUUGUUUUACUUUGCAAAUGAUGUUUUUUAAAAUUUGUUUGAAAGAAAAGAACUUUAAUAGGCUGUCAUUCUAGAAACAAACAAGGUCAACUUCUGGAUUGGGGUAUCAUUUCACAUACAUCAUGAAUAGCAGGGAUAGUGGAAAAAGCAUGGGCUUUGGAGUCAGACAGUAUUUUCAUUUAACUAAUAUUAAGCUCCUAUGUUGUACUUGAAAUUGUAUUGAGCAACAGGGGUAUAGCAAUGAAGACAGAAAAUAUCCCUGUCAUGUGGAAAUUAUAUUCUAGUGGAGGAAGGUAAAAAUAAUUUCAGUUGAGAUAAAUGUUAUAAAGAAAAUAAGGCAGUACAUCACAGAAAGGGGUGAUUUUUUUUAUACCGUUGUCCAAGGUCUCUCUGAGGAAGUGACAUUUGAGCUGAGUCCUGAGUGGUGAGAGGGAACCAGCUGUGGGAAGGUGUGUGGAAGAAUGUGCUAGGCAGGUGAAAUGGCAAGAGCACAGGCCUUGAGAUGGCUUAGAACUUGGCUCAUUUGAGGAACAAAGGAAGUCUGUGUGUGUCUUGAGCAGAGUAAGGGUGGAGUAGUAGUAGAUGAAAGUGAAGAAAUUGUGCAACAGAGACUUAUUCCACUGACUAUGUCUUCGAAUUUUUGACUUGGCAUGUAGCUGUCUAGAAUAAAGAUGACCUUUUCCGGCCUUUCUCAGAGCUAGGGGUAGUCAUAUGACUUACGUUCUGACCCAUGGUCUAUAAAUGGAAGGAUCGUGUAGAGCCUCCAGGAAAUCUUCCUUAAAAAACAGUGGGCUAGUACCCUUUGCCUUUUAAUUAUUCUUCCAUCUUUUCUGCUUGGAACACCUAUAAUGACUAUAGGUGACUAGAAUUCUAGCCAUUCUUUGUGGUCACGGGGAUGCAGUUUAGAUCAUAGGGGUGGUGGAGCAUGGUCUGAAAAGAGUUUGUGCUUCAGGGACUUUUUUUUUUUUAAGAUAUUAUUUAUUUAUUUGACAGGGAUCACAAGUAGGCAGAGAGGCAGGCAGAGAGAGAGGAGGAAGCAGGCUCCCCGCUGAGCAGAGAGCCCAAUGCGGGGCUCGAUCCCAGGACCCUGGGAUCAUGACCUGAGCCGAAGGCAGAGGUUUUAACCCACUGAGCCACCCAGGCACCCCGCUUCAGGGACUUCUUAAAGCUGAACCCCAUUGCCACCCCUGGGUAGUUUUCCUCUAGACUUAUGUGUCGGGGAAGUAAACUUUUUUUUCCUAAGAGAGGGAGGGUUGUAGGGGCAGGGAGGUAGAGAGAGUGAGUCUUAAGCAGUCUCCACCUCCAGCACGGAACCCGACACAGGACUUGAUCUCACAACCCUGAGACCAUGAUGUGAGCUGAAGGCAAGGGUCUGCUUAACUGACAGCCAUCCACUGCCCCAGGGAAGUAAACUUUUAUCUUGUAUAAGCUGUUGCUAUUUUGGGUCUCUUGCUCAGAGCCAAACCUAAUCCUGAUAGAGGCAGUAUCUACAUCAUCUAAGUUUUUGUAGAUACUGUGAAGAAAUUGGAUUUUAUUCUAAAUGCAAUGGGAAACCAUUGAAGUUUUAAGCAGGAGAGUAAUAUUAUCUAACAUGUUUUAUAAGAUAUGAGGGAGAAUGAGUUUUAGGUGGACAAGAGUGAAAGGAAAAACAGUUAAAAGAUUGUUGGAAAUGGUACGACUGCUACGGAGAAAUUAAUAUCUAGCAAAAUUAUGUGGGAUUUACCCUUUAACCAGCAGUCCCACUUCUGGCAUUCUAUCCCCGAAACUCACUGGCAAAACAUAAAUGAAGCCUGUACAAGGCUAUCUAUUGCAAUAGUAUUUGUAAUAGCAAGACUGAAAAAAAUCCAAAUGCCUAUCAAAGGGGGAUUGUUUGAAUAAAUUAUGGUGUAGCUGCACAGUGAAUUACUACUAUCUGACUAUAAAAAGGUUUGAGGAAGAUAAUCUAAUACUACCAUGGAGUGAUCUUGAUCUCUAAGAGGCGUUGUUGGAAGAGUAUGCGGACAGUGUAAAUACAGUAUGCUCUCUUUUAUAGGAGAAAUGGGUAAAAUAUGAGUUUGUGUGUAUUUCCUUUAUGUUUCUAAAAAACAAUGGAAGGAUAAACCAAAAACAAAUAAAAAUGUUACUUAUUAGGGGGAAGGAAGAAACUGGAUAAAGGGAACAGGAAUGGAAGUUAAAACUUACUUGAUUGUUCCUUGUUUAGAGUUUAGAACUAUGUAAGUGUUUUAUUUAGUUAGAAACAAAAUUGGAUCAAAAAGAAAAAGUGAUCCUUAAAAACUGAAAAUAAAUAAACCUAACUAUAUUUAAUUCAUGCCAUAAUCACCAAAGAAUUAUAUUUAGUAUUUUUAAAUCCUAGUAUUUUGACUUUAUAUUGUCAGCUAUAUCUUAGGAAAAGAAGAGCAGCAAAGGAAUUUAAGUUGUACUCAGUUACCUUGUUACUAAUAAUAUUGGUAUUCUUUUAUCAUUGUUUGUAAUAAGAUAAAACAUAACAAUGUUAUGAACCAAGAUUUUGAGCAUAAAACAUACACAAUUAUAAAGUAAAGUAAGCUCAGUAGAAACUCUGUAAUGUUAAAUUUGAAUUGGAGAUACCAGGGUGAACUCAUUUAUUUUCAAAAUGUCAAAGUUUUAAAUUUUGAUUAAGUCCAGCUUAUCAAUUAUUUUAUUUCUCAUGCCUUUGGUGUUGUGUCUAAGAAGUCAUUGGUUAAUCUGAGGUCCCAAAGGGUUACUCUUGUGUUUUUCUAAGGAUCUUACAAUUUUAGCUUUAAAUUUAGGUCUGUUAUCCAGAAUUUUGAGAUUUUAUGUAUGGGGUGAGGUAAGCAUUCAGAUUCAUCAUUUUGCAUAUUCAUUCAUUCUUAUCAUUCAUUUGUUCUAGUACCAUUUAUUAAAAAGACUUGUUUUCCCAUGUCACCUCUGUCACCUUUCUUAAAAAUCAUUUGGCCAUAGAUGCUUAUUUCUGGACUCUCAACUCUGUUUCAUUGAUGUCAGUCUUUAUGCCAGUAGCACACUGUCUUGAUUAGUGUAGCUUUGUAGUACAUUUUGAAAUCAGGGAGUAUGAGUCUUCCAGCUUUUCCUUUUUUUUUUUUUUUUUUAAAGAUUGUUUUGGUUAUUCUAGGUCUUUGGCAUUUCCAAAGAAUUUUAGCAUCAGCUGGUCAAUUUUGAAACAAAGUUAGCUGGGAUUUUGAUAGUGGUUGUGUUCAAUCUAUAGAUAAAUUUGGGGAGUACUGCCGUCAUAAUGGUAUUAAGUCUAAUAUUUAGUCUAUGAGCAUGGAUAUUUUCCCAUUUAUUUCAAGACUUCCUUCAGCAGCAUUUUGGAGUUUUCAGCAUACAAGUAUUGCACUUUUUUUUUGUUAAAUUUAUUCCUAAGUAUUUAUUUCAUGCUAAUGAGAAUGGCACAAAUUUUUUUUUCAAAAUAAGUGAAAAUUAUUUUGGAUAGGUCAGUAGCCAGGGAGUUUCAAAGUAGAACUCCAUGUCCAUCCAUACUCGAUAAUGACAGAUAAUUUUAUGUGUUUUCUGUUUUUGAAGAGAACACCUUUUAAAAAUAUGCUUACACUUUUACACAUUUGGAAUUGCUUCCUUAAGUUCAUUUUUGGAUUGUUGUGAGUAUAUAUUGCUCUUAUAUCCUGUGAUCUUGCUGAACUUGUUUAUUCUAGUAAUUUUUUCAGUGAAUUUCUUAGGAUUUUCUGUAUGCAAGACUAAAUGUCAUUUGUGAAUAAAAAGUUUUACUUAAUUUCAA